AUGGAUAAGAGUUUGCUAAGAUAUAUUCUGAUCAUUGGAAUUCAAUGUGAGAACGUGAGAUCGGCUAUGAGCCUCGGGGCUAAUAAAGUGGAACUCCUAGAGAAUUUGGAAGGGUCUGAAGACGAAGAACAACGGUGCCAAAAGGAGUGGCGUUGGUGCCACUAUAAUCGAUUGCGGUGCCAUAAAGAAGUGCCGGUGGCACCACCAAGCUCAUGGUCCGAACCAGAUUUUAUGCCUAUUUGUGGCAAAUUACAUAUUAAUCCUUCAAAUUUGAUGUUGCACACUGAUCUAGUCUGUUUGAAUUCUACGUGCAGAUCGCUAGCUCACCACCCGGAGAAUGUCUCUAGAGAUCAUCAUCGAGCGCUUCAUUCCCUUAUCAUUUUUUUACCUGCGUCAGAAGACGAGAAGAAGAAGUCCGAUGUAGCUCGCGCUAAUAGGAUGAGCGAGCCUGCUGGAGCUGGUUCCGGACCAGUACGCCAUACAGGGGGAUCCCGUUCCGCCAUCCGACAUAUGGAUGUGUUGGCUGAAGAGCUCGGCCGCAAGCCUACCGCAACGGAGCUGUAUACUCGGAUGCACUCCACGAAAGCUGAUAAGGGUGUCAUGGUAGACAAGAGGGCCCAGAACAUGAGUGAUGCAAUUGCUCAGAGACUUGCUGCUGCAUCGCAGCCGCCGACCGAUGGGGGUUCUUCUAGCACAGCGGAAGUCGACGAGACCCAGCUGUUUCUGGAUAUCGAGGGCGUUAACAAGAAGCGUCGUGUUUACGGGUUGGGUUCAGCGACUAGUGCGUACGUGGAUACGAUGACGUCUAGUAGGGCGAGGACCAGGUCCACACAGUCACAGCGAACUGAGGAGGAGAUCGAGCGGCGUGUGCGGGCGGGGAUCCAGGAUGGACUGCGCCAGAUUACCACUGAGGUGGAGGAUCUCCGUGCGCAGUAG